GCUAUGGGACUUGUACUUCACAAGUUAGUGAAUUGCUGUUGUUGGGACAUUAACGUUCGACCUUCGAAAACAGAGAUAUACACUCUUAUUAUAAAUUUAUAUAAUUCAUUUCUCUGAUAAAGAAAAAGAGAAGCCAAAAAGAAAGCAAAAGCACCUUCAAUUCCCCUCUUCACAUUCCAUUUUACUUUCCUCUUUUCCUCUCAACACUUCCUCCUGUUUCUCACAAUAUAACUUUCUCCAUUAAUGGCACCACCACCACCAUCACCAGAGCUGGUUUCUGCUCUGUUUUUCACAGCCAUUAUCACGAUUUGGAGCAUGAAUGUGGCGAUUGUGUGUGGACAAGGAGCAACAUGGUGUGUGGCGAGGAGUGAUGCGAGCAACGAUGCUCUGCAAACGGCUUUGGACUAUGCAUGUGGGGUGGGGGGUGCUGAUUGUUUCCCUCUUCAGCCUGAUCAACUCUGUUUUCUACCAAACACCAUCCAAGCUCACGCUUCCUACGCCUUCAACAGCUUUUACCAGCGAAAAACCAGAGCUCCCGGUUCAUGUGAUUUUUCUGGCACCGCCACCAUUGCCACAACCGAUCCCAGCUAUGGAUCUUGUGUGUACCCAUCUACUAUAAGUGCUGCAGGAGGACCAAACACGCCAAGCACAACUCCUCCAUUGAACAAUCCAAAUAUGCCACCAUCUUCCACAACAACACCAAUCUUUGGUGGGGGCAACACUGGUGGCCUAACUCCAGGAAUGAGCACUUCACUCCCUGACAGUUCUAGGGCACCUUCAGAAGCAAUAGCCACCUGGCUUUUAGUUUUCUUUUCCUCUCUUCUCAUUCUGGCCAUGAUUUCUUAGCAGCCUGUGUAUGAUCUUGUGGAGGCUUACAGUUUUGUCAAAAGUUGAAGGUAGCCUUUAGUUGUUUAUAACCUUGCUUAGUGCAACUACCUCUUAUGAAUGUAUAAGGUUAUAAACAAGUUAAGCAUGGCUGGCCUGGACAUGGUUAUCCAGGGAAAGCAGGGUUAGGGAUGUAGCAUGGCUGAUGAGAUUCCUGAUUUAUAGGGCUCAAAUUUAGUUCAAUAGCUCAAUUUAAUUGUUAUCUUUGCGGACAAUGUUUCAUGAACAAUGCAAUAUCGUUAGCUUUUUAGUAA